GGCAAGUCGUCUCGCUUCUCACGCUACUUGUGACAACAAUAAAAGAAAGGCGCAUUAAUUCCUAAGGACACAAAUAAAAUCCCCGUUUCCUCCGUCGGCCGGGGCUAUGCCAUCUUAUUCAGUCACGUAGGAUUACAAACUCGUUACGGCGGUUGAGAAAACCUAGUCAGUCAGCUAGCUAGCGUCAGCUAACAGCUAGCUAGCGUUAGCUAACAACAGCUGCUAAGGCGGUUAGCCCGACGCCAGGUUUAAGCUGUGCGCUAGCUAGGCGCGUAGCCGCGUAUGUGUCCGUCUUCCCCUCGUAGGUGUGAGGCCGUUUUUACCCCGUCGCUCAUCUCCGGACGUGGUCUCGCCAAGAGAGGAUGAACUGGCUCUUCCCCCUGUCGUCCAAAAGCUCCGGACCGCUCCCACCCGUCAACAGCCUACAGCAGCAGAGACAGCGGCAGAUCGAGUCCCUCAAGGCGGCUCACGCCAGCCUUGCAGAGAUCCAGAGGGAUGUGGAGUACAGGAUACCGUUCACAGUCAACAACUCCACCAUUAGUGUUAAUGUCCUGCUUCCUCCUCAGUUCCCGCAGGAAAAGCCAGUAGUCAGUGUUUACCCUCCUGUUGGUCACCAUCUAGUUGACAGCAACAAUGGCACCAUGGUCACUAGCCCCCUCAUCACCAAUUUUGGAAUGCACUCAGACCUAGGCAAAGUCAUUCAGAGUCUACUGGAUGAGUUCUGGAAGAGUCCGCCUGUCCUGAUGUCUGGUGGCUCCACUGGCUUUCCAUACAAUUUGUACAAGCCGUCAGGCAUGGCUCCGUACCCUCCCCAAAGCUAUCACUACAGUCCUCGCCCCCCGGGGCCCAGCCCAGCCCCAGGCCCAGCCCCAGCUCCCAUGCAUCAUCAGGGGGGAGACACCACGCAUGGGCCACCUAGAGCUCCAGCCCCAUAUGGACUGAUAACUGACCUGCCACUAGCUGUACCUACUGGAGACUCGCAGGUUGGACUGAACGGCCACAUGUACAAGAUGCCUGAGAUCCCCGAAUUCUUCCCUGAACUCUCUGAAAUGAGCGUCUCCCAGCUGAAGGACAUGUCAGAACAGGAGGAUUUGUUGCUGGAGUUCUUUGUGAGCCUGCCGCAGCUCAAGCAGGUCACCAGCGACAAAGAAGACCUUGUUACCAGCAUAGUGGACUUGGCCAACAGGAAUCUUCAGAUGGAGCCGCGGCUGGAGGGGAAAAGACAGGAGAUGCUCUACAAGUGUGAGCACCUGACGCAGAUGAAGUGCGCCUUUGAGACAAAGACGCAGAGACAGCAUGAGCUGAGUGAGAGCUGCAGUCUGAGUGCGCUGCAGGCUCGCUUGAAAGUGGCUGCCCAUCAAGCAGAGGAGGAGUCUGAGGAGACGGCGGAGAACUUUCUGGAGGGACGCAGCGAGAUCGACGACUUCCUGGCCAGCUUCAUGGAGAAGAGAACGCUUUGCCACAGCAGAAGGGCCAAAGAAGAGAAAUUGCAACAGUCCAUCAACACACAUGGACAGUUUCCCACUGGCCAUUAAGACAUAAGAUGGGUGGAGAUCUGAUGGUGAAUAGGUGUCAUCUUAAAAGUCUGAAAGCUGGAGACAUGGAUGAUAAGCACACUAAUUCAGCAAUGAGGAAGAUGAAGAAAAUACUGAAGGUGAUGAUGGCAAUGACGUUUGAUGAUUUUUAUGAUGCUAGGCUUUAAGACAGUUUUAUAUCCGCUGUAGGGCAAAGAAAAACUAUGAGGUUGUUCCAAGGACAGAAAACGGUGUGAUCACAGAUGCCCAGAACUGCAAGUGUGCAUGACACACAUCAGCUUGUGUGUUUUGCCCUUUUUUUCUUUUCUUUUUUUAAAGAAUCACCAGAUAGCGUGUAAUUUUUACCACACAUGUAUUCCCCCUCCAGUAUGGGUUCUUGGCAGGUAUGGAGAUACUAUCUAUCCCUUUGCUUUUCCUUAAUCUUACCGCUGUCAGUUUCCUGCCAAACAAGAGCAGAGCCGGCUCUAGAGAAACAAAGCCGGCUCUAGAGAAACAAGGCCGGCUCCAGAGAAACAAGGGCGGCUCUAGAGAAACAAGGUCAGCUCUAGAGAGACAAGGCCAGCUCUAGAGAGACAAAGCUGUCUCAAAAGAAGCAAAGCCGGCUCUAGGGAAGCAAAACCACCUCUAGGGAAGCAAAGCUGGCUCUAGAGACAAAGCCGGCUCUAGAGAGACAAAGCCAUCUCCAGAGAAGCAAAGCCAGCUCUAGAGAAACAGUCGGCUCUAGAGGAAUAAGACAAGGUUUUGUCAAUGCGUGCACAUUCAGAUAUAAUGGAAGAUAUUUAACUGUCUUUGCCCAGUUUUCCAUUGGGCAAAUAAAUGCUGCCGUGAAGCUGUCAUUAAUGCCUGAAUGUCUGUGACUGCUGUCUUCUGACACCACUGUCCAGUCCUUGCCUUAUCGUCCUGGAAAGACCGAACUAAACACGGCAAACUUUGCAGAGAGAAGAAAACAAUCUGGAAAUGUCAAAAGAUGCCUUGUUUAAAGCGGUAUAAACACUAACUGUGUUUGACUGACAGAACUGAUUCUUUUUUUUAUUUCAUGUCCCCUCUCAGGCUCAGGUUCUGUUUACAUUGCUGUGUAAGUUAAACGCAUAUAGCUUGACACCUUAUCUGUCCUGAGAGCAGGCCAUGUAGUGAACUAGGAAGUAAAUCAGCCCACUGUUAGUCAGAAAUAAAACUGGUCCAAAGUGCCGAGUCAAGUCCACUUUAAAACAGACUGAGCGAGGCGGCGGCAGCGUUGUUAUGUAAGCCCGUAUUGAGGCGUGGAAAAUUCUUCCUGUGAAAAUGUCUGAGCAGUUUUGACCCCGGCGGCGUCCAUCAAGUUGGAAACUUCCCAUUUUGUUCGUAGAGGGCCGUGAAUAAUUGACGAGGAGUACUGUUGAAUUUGAACUAGCUUAUGGGCCUUUUUUAACACUGCAGAAAUACUUCAUUCUGAUGAUGAAUCAUGAAUACUGUACGUAUAUGUUAAUAAUGGGCUUUAUUGUUAUCAGAGACUCAGAAAUAUUGUAUUAUACAUUAUUUAAUUUGUUAGGGUAAUAAAGCGUU